AUAGAGUACAGUACAUUGUUCUCCAAUGAUCUGAGGAUCCGUUAGGGAGCAUGAUGGACAGCAUCAAGAAGGCAUUCCAUGCCAAGUGUGAGGCCGACAACAAAGGGACCAAAUAUAUCAGUGUGGUUACAAACCCCGAAAUCUGGGAGAAAGUCAAGCCAGUCUAUGACAUUCUCUUCACCAAAGCAUACAAGAUUGAGACAGUCUUUGUGGAGGACCCUGGGGGAACAUGUGAAGGAAGAGAACAUCACACCCAGGAUGCUUCUCCUGAGCUGCCUAUCACACAGUCCCUUGUCUCAGACUUCCUACGUCAGCUUCCAAGCAAGGGAACAGUCAGCCCCAUGUUGUCAGCCAUUGUCCCGGACAUAUUCUAUCAUGGGUUUUCAACCCGUUCUGGUGGGCUGUCAGUGUUUUCCUCCCUGUCCUCACUGAAUCUGAACUUCAAUCCAAAGAGACGUGAUCCUCGUGUUGUCGUGCAGGAAAACAGAUAUCGCUUGUCUGCAGCAGGCGGGUUUGAUGUGAAGAGGCUUUUUGUCGCGAAGGCAGAGCAUGGUUCAAGGGUCUGGGUGGUAGGGAAAGAUCCUCCAGAUGCAUAUGAUGCUAUUGUUACCAACAGCCCAGGUGUUACCAUUGCAGCACCAGGAGCAGACUGCAUCCCCAUGCUGUUUGCCGAUCCUGUCAAUCAAGUUGUUGGAGCAGCUCACUCGGGAUGGCGGGGGACACUGGCUGGUGUUGCUGCUGAAACCCUGCGUGCCAUGGCAGCAAACUUUGGUACUGUACCAAGUGAUGUCCUGGUUGUGCUGGGUCCAUCCAUUGGUCCUUGCUGUUUUGAGGUUGGGGAGGAUGUAGCAGAGAAGUUUUCCACUGUUCAACCAGCCUGUGUAGUCCGGGAGGAAGGGAAAGAGAAGCCAACCAUAGACCUGAGGAAGGUUUCCCGCCUGCUACUGGAACAAGCAGGAGUCAGGCCAGAGAACAUUGAUGAUGGAACCCUGGGUACUGAGCCCACUGUGACACUGUGCACAGCAUGUGAGCCUGGACAGAGGUUCUUCUCCUACAGGAGAGAUGGGGCAGAGUUUGGAACACAGGUUGGCUUCAUUGGCAUCAAGGGAGCAGAGUAGACAG